CUUGUCAAUCGACGGAACUUCUGUUUUCAAAAACUGUAUUCGACAUCUGCAGUAAAAAAAACAGAAAAUUCAAUUCUAACAGAGACAAAGGUAUCAUAUCUUUCUUACAGUUAAAAAUCUACUGUACUAGCAGACCCCCGCGACGGAUGAUGUACGCUCGUCUUGUAUAACAUCUUAAAAUAGGCAGGACGAUUAUUCAAACCACUGAAGCAUUAUCAGCACAUAUUUCAUGAGACAUGUUAAUAAAUCGUCUUCCUGCAUGCAUUAUCUGCAGACAUUUCUACAGGCAACUUGUAGCCAUGUCUUGCAGUCUAAAUAUUCUGCCAACAGAGGCAUAUGGCGGUUCACUUCACACAUACAGGGGAAAUGUUAACACACAUAAUGUUUUACCGCAACAGAAAUUUUCUCGCGUCUAUUCUACGGCGAUUUUCCGAAGCUCAGAGCGAUUGAAGAAUGGAAUUUCGCAAAGAGUUUUUCAUUUUGGCUACCGUGCAGCUGACAGGAGAUUAGCGGGGAUUUGUAGAAAAUAUAGCGAGAUAUCAAACCUAAAGGAUUUUGAUGAUAAAGAUUAUUUAGAUGCAUUACCAAAGCAACCGAUGGAAAGGGUUCCUGCCAAUGUGUUUCCGGGGCAAAAACUUGUUCAUUCUACAGCAAUUGUGCAUUCUGAUGCUGUAAUAGGAGAGGGUGUGACAAUUGGUCCAUUUUGUAUUGUGGGCCAGGCAGUAAAACUUGGAAAUAAUUGUCAGUUGCAUGCUGGAAGUCAUAUAUAUGGAAAUACAGAGUUAGGAUAUGGAUGCGUAGUAUCUGGUGGUGCAAUUGUUGGUGCUGAUCUACCAGGACGUACGGUAAUCGGAAACAACAAUUUUAUUGGGUACCAUGCAGUGGUAGGAGCGAAAUGUCAAGACCUUAAAUACAUGGAUGGUGAUGAUUGUUUCCUUUAUAUUGGAAACAAUAAUGACAUUAGAGAAUAUGCGAGCAUUCAUCGGUCUUCCAAGUCAUCUGAUCGGACGGUCAUUGGUGACAAUAAUCUUGUUAUGGGCUCUUGCCAUAUUGCUCAUGAUUGCAAGGUUGGUAACCACAAUAUUUUUGCAAAUAGUACAAUUUUUGGUGGCCAUGUUGUGGUAGAGAAUUAUGUUCACACUGGGGGAAUUGUUGGUGUGCAUCAGUUCUGCCAUAUUGGAUCCCAUGCAUUUCUUGCAGCAGGCACCUUGGUUGCUCGAGAUGUGCCUAUGUACAUGAUGGUGGCUGGAGAUCGUGCAGAACUUCGUGGCUUGAAUUUGGAGGGACUCCGCCGCCAUGGAUUCUCUGAUAUGGAGGUUAGAAGCAUUAGACGAGCUUAUCAGAAGCUAUUCAUGUGCACUAAUGAAAAUUCAGGUCUUGAAGAACGCCUUGCUGAAUUGGAAAAUGAUGAAGAGCUUGGGAAGGUACCUUCAGUGAUUUUAAUGGUUAAAUCUGUCCAAGAUUGCUUCAAAGAAAACCGCAGGGGUAUUUGCAAGUUCAAGCAUUGGACUUGACAUAAUUUUUUAAGAAAGAUAUGUGGUUGCAAGAGAGUUAGUAUUUGUUACCCACUUAUAUACCUACAUCGAGUGCUUGGAUUAUUAAGUUUUUGAUAGCUGCCUUGGAAUCCAGUUUUUCAUUGUUUGCUAUUAAAUGCUCUCAGUUUGUCUCAAUUAAUCAUGAUAUAAAUAUUGAUUCUUAUCAGCAAAUCAAAACAUUUGGAAAGCAUGUAUUCCUUGAAUACACAUCAGGUUUUCAAGAAGUAUUUGAUUCUUUGUAAAAGUCCUUAUAUGCGAGACUUUUUAAUUUUACCAGUACAUCUAGUCUUGGACUUUGGUAUCAU